GCCUCCAAACUGUGUAUGAGGUGGUGUCCGUGCCCUGGGGCGGGGUCUCGGCAGCCAUUGGUGCAGGCCGGUCUGCCCACCUCCGUCAGGCCGACUUUAUCUCCUCCUCAGCGCCACACAGAGUCCAGUCCAGCACCUCAGAGGCCGCAGGAACACCACGAACCACCACAGACCCCCAUCAUGGCGCUGACUAACGACCCAAACUACCGGAAGCUGGAGCAGUGGUACAAAGCCAACGCCGGCACCCUCAACAUGCGGGACAUGUUCGAGUCCGACCCGGACCGGUUCAGCAAAUUCAGCACGACUCUGCAGACGGACGAUGGAGAGAUCCUGCUGGACUACUCCAAGAAUCUCAUCAACCAGGAUGUCCUCGCCAUGCUGCUCGCCAUGGCCAAGUCGAGGGGCGUGGAGGAGGCCAGAGAGAAGAUGUUCACCGGAGAGAAAAUCAACUUCACUGAGGGACGCGCCGUGCUCCACGUGGCGCUGCGUAACCGCUCCAACACGCCCAUCCUGGUGGACGGCGCAGACGUGAUGCCGGACGUCAACCGGGUGCUGGACAAGAUGAAGGCCUUCUGUCACAGGGUUCGAAGCGGCGAGUGGAAAGGCUUCAGCGGAAAAAGCAUCACGGACGUCGUGAACAUCGGCAUCGGGGGCUCGGACCUGGGUCCCCUGAUGGUGACUGAGGCCCUGAAGCCGUACUCCGCCGGUGGACCCAACGUUUGGUUCGUCUCCAACAUCGACGGGACUCACAUGGCCAAAACCCUCGCUCAGCUCAACGCCGAGACCACGCUGUUCGUCAUCGCCUCCAAGACCUUCACCACCCAGGAGACCAUCACCAACGCAGAGUCUGCCAGAGACUGGUUCCUCCAGACGGCCAAUGAUAAAUCUGCAGUGGCCAAACAUUUCGUGGCGCUGUCCACCAACGCCGCCAAAGUGAAGGAUUUUGGCAUCGACACAGCGAACAUGUUUGAGUUCUGGGACUGGGUCGGAGGCCGUUACUCCCUGUGGUCCGCCAUCGGCCUGUCCAUCGCCCUGCACGUAGGCUUUGAGAACUUCGAGCAGCUUCUUGCGGGAGCUCACUGGAUGGACAAUCAUUUCCGCAGCGCCCCUCUGGACCAGAACGUGCCGGUCCUGCUGGCCCUGCUGGGCGUCUGGUACGUCAACUUCUUCCAGGCCGAGACGCACGCCAUGCUGCCCUACGACCAGUACAUGCACCGCUUCGCCGCCUACUUCCAGCAGGGCGACAUGGAGUCCAACGGGAAGUACAUCACCAAAGAUGGCACCCGAGUCAACUACCACACCGGACCAAUCGUGUGGGGCGAGCCGGGGACCAACGGGCAGCACGCCUUCUACCAGCUCAUCCACCAAGGAACUCGUAUGAUUCCCGCUGACUUCCUCAUUCCCGCUCAGUCUCAGCAUCCAAUCAGAGACAACCUUCACCACAAGAUCCUGGUGGCAAACUUCCUGGCUCAGACGGAAGCUCUGAUGAAGGGAAAGACUUCAGACGAAGCUCGUGCAGAGCUGCAGGCCGCCGGCAUGAAGGGGGACGCUCUGGAGAAGCUGCUGCCCCACAAAGUCUUCGAAGGAAACAAGCCGAGCAACUCCAUCGUCUUCAAGAAGCUGAGCCCGUUCGUACUGGGAGCUCUGGUUGCCAUGUAUGAGCACAAGAUCUUCGUGCAGGGCGUCAUGUGGGACAUCAACAGCUACGACCAGUGGGGCGUCGAGCUCGGGAAGCAGCUGGCGAAGAAGAUCGAGCCGGAGCUGAAGGACGACUCGGAGGUCACUUCCCACGACUCGUCCACCAACGGCCUCAUCAGCUUCCUGAAGAAGAACUUCGCCUGAGUCCCCCCACCCCCACCCCCCCUCCAUGUAAUCCCGCCCCCCUCAUUGGCUGAUAUUGUGUGUUGGUGUGUCCCCCUGAGAACGAGCACUUUAUGAUCGUAGACGUGUCGAACAGGAAAUGUUCCUGUAGUGUUACCAGAAUAAAAGUCCUGCGUGUCACUGAA